AUGUCGCAACCACUCAAGAGCAAGGGAAAACAGCGCAUUCCACCACCCAGCCUCUUCCUCCAUCCCUCUGCCUCCGCCUCCCAUGUCACAAUUCCAGGCGUCCUGGUUCCUGGGGCCCCGCCCCAGGCAUCAGCCAGAACCGCUGCCCUCGCCGGCCAGACAGCCUCGCAACGAACCUUAGGGGCCAACGGCUCCCUCGCCCCUUCAAUACCGGGGAGGCCGAUUCGAAGCCUGAAGACGGGAGACAGCGCCCGUAGCGGGGACAGGACCGAUGCCCUCUGGGCGGACAUGCAAGCGACCCUCGAGGAGAUAGCACUAGCCCAGGCCUGGGCUCGAAGCGAGGCGGACGACGUGAUUGAGACGGUGAAGGAAACCGGCGGGGCUACCGGCACCGAGGAACUGCGUAACCUAAAAGGGACGGGUCUCGUUGAUUCGACUAGGGCCACGGGCGAUGUUGCGGAUACGCUCAAAACGGCCGGUACGAAUAGCGCGGCCCGCCCUGGGAGCGGCGGAGGCGGGAUCGACCGACUCGAGGCGAAGCUUGAGGAGGAAACCGAGGUCGACAUAUUACUCGCCAGGAAGAGGAGGGAGGCGAAUGAUCAGUAUUUCCAACGCGUCAACCAAGGCGUGCUGGACGUUGUCGCAAAGUUAGGCGAGGUAGCGACGGCCAUGAAGACAUUGGAGCAGGAGAGUAGAGAGAUUUGGGGGAUACGGAGAGUCGGCCGAAAGUUACCCCCGAUAUCCACCACGCACCGCACACCCUCCGCCCUUCGCCACCUCCUGAAAAUGCGGCCCUUUGCUAUCCUCGCCGGCGCCCUCGCCCUCGCUCCCGGAGUUCUGUCUGUCGGAGUUGAGAAGUCCGUCCUCGUUACCUAUAACCGCGAUGCGCCGAGAGUCAGCAGCCUCAUCGACCAGGCCAAGGCCGCGAUCCAGAAGGCGGGCGGCAAGAUCACGCACGAGUUCAAGUUCAUCAACGGGUUCCACGCCAUCGUGUCCGCUGACGUAGUGGACACCAUCCAGAAGUGGGGAGGCGAAUACAUCACGGUCGAGGAGGACCAGCGGGUCUCCAUCACCAACUAG